AUGUCAGCACAAGUGUUCCAAAGUCUUGCUUCAAGAACAUUGGCUUUCUAAAGAAUCACACUACACAAGCACAACAUAGUUUCGGAAAGGUCAAAGAGAAGCAGACAACGUUAAGGGCCCAACAGACUUCUGUUAUAUUUCUCAUUAUGGGAGGCCGAGUUAGUCGAAUCAGUCCCAUGCGGUUCAAUCCUUUUCAACGGAGCAAGGAGACUCUGGAGAGGAUACCAAAGGUAGGCUACUUUUCCAUGGAUUCCAACUUCAUAGCCAAAUCCAAGGACCUUCAGGCCAUAUUUGGCGAUGGUCCAGAGCUGGAUGAAGCCGCCAUCAAGCGAUUUCUGGAUUCCCGAAAUCCGAUGGAAUGGCAGAGAGUUCUCCACGAUAUCAAACUUGACAUUGUUGGGGACAUGCAGUUAGUGGAGAGUGGAAUCUCUUUGGACUUUCUCUGUUUCAUCAACAACGUGUUGAAAGUGAGUGCAGAAGGAGCCGCGAGUCCGGCUCAUCUGGAUCGUACCUUGACUUGGGUGGACGAGAUAGAUAGGAUCUAUCCAGCCAUCAGAAUCAAGAUAAACCAUGAGGCCAUGGUGCGAGCGUGUAGAAAAAACGAUAUCCCUGUGGUAUCUGCGUUCUACAAACGAGGAUUCCGAGUUCAUUCGGCUUUGUUCUGGGGCUCUGACAACGAUGAUUUGCUCUUUGAGAAUGCUGAUAUCAAUUUGGAACUGACCAGACUCGAAGCCCUUGCCAAUCCAGCAUAUUUGGUUGCAGAGGCAAAAUACGACCAUAUAGACCCAAUCGCAAGAUCGUUCCAUCUGUUGGAGACUGUUCAAGAAUGGUCCUCAACUCUAAUUGCUUUUGGAAACACUUUGGAUCUAAUUGCUAAAAUGGUGAAGAAGUUCAUUUGGGUGAUGCUCAAUCUAUGUGAAGGCAAGGCUCAAGUGGAGCUCUUCCUUGGACAAGACGAUGGUAUUGAUGGCCUCUCUUUGAAAGGAAGCACUCUACUUCCACGAAUAUAUCAAGGGCUUCAGUUGAGUUUGGAAGACUUUGUUACCCAUGACAGUUGCCAACAGGUCAUACGAGAGUCAUUCUACGGAAAUGAGGGAGGAGACCAACUUUUUGACCAAGGGACCCUAAACUACUAUUUAGCUACCUCAAUGCAAGUGGCAAUGACUCCCUGGUACUCCUUGUGGUACAUUCUCUUCAAAUUGAAAUGUUCGUCCAAGAAACGAGAUCAAAACGAGGAUAUCGUUCAAAUUCCCUCAGGCGUAAACAACUACAAUUCUAUGAAUCCGCCCAAUUAUGUAUCCACAGAGGCCAAGAAGAGCUGGCCCCGCAAAUGGGCCUCCAACUUGGACGUACCUUUUUGUCGAAUGACCAGUCAUGUUGGCUGGUACCUUUUGUUCGUUGCCUGGGUGCUAUUGUCGCAUAUGAAUUUCAACUCAGCCAUAACCGGGGUAGAGUCUUUGCGGGCAGACACUUAUGACUACUUGGCUUGCGUCUGGGCGGUCGGAUUUACUUUGGCUGACAUUCAAGUUAUGAUUCAACUCAUGAGAAGUGUUCGUCUCAAGCAUGGAUCCCACUUAGACUUAAUAAAAGCCAAGGUCAAGAAAUCACUUUCCAAUGCUUACAUCGAUUACAGGAUCGUGAGCCACCUAACUUUGAUAGCCGGCUACACCAUUGAAUUCGCGGGCUUUAAAUACAAGAAUGACGUCUCCUUCCGUCACUGUGUUGAUCCUGAGGACCAGUUCAGCUGGGUGAGAACCGGUAACUGUCUGCAGGGUUUGGCGAUUGUCUUGAUUAUCACGCAACUUCUUCAACUGUUUCGCCUCCAUCCAACGGUUGGAAGCGUUUACAUUGGAAUGAGGCGCUGCAUUGCCAUCGUGGCCAGUUUCAUGUUAGCUUACCUCAUUAUCACUGUUGCUUUUGCGCUGGGCCUCAAUUUCAUCCUAUGUUGUGAGUUGGAAGAAUGCAAUGACUUAAAUUACACGUGUCAAGAUGGCAACUUUCUAAUGGAACGGAAGGUUAUUGGUGCAUAUUGUGUCAAUGGAACAGAGGCCAGUCAUAUCCCUUGCAGAGACGAUUGUUGGACUUCGUUUCUUGAGGGUCAGCAACCGAAAGAGUGUCAAAUGGUCCCAAAAAUUGGCGCUUUUGAAGGGUUUACCAAUGCCGCUGAUAGUCCUGAAAACCAAUUCAGAACCAUGAGUAAGUCCAUGAAAACCUUGUUUUGGUCAGUGUUUGAUCCUGGUCACCCGGAAGUGGUCGGAUGCAGCAUUGGCGUUACUCGUUAUUUUGCCCUCUCCAUUUGGGGAGUGUACAAUGUGAUAAUUGUGGUCAUUCUCCUGAAUCUUCUAAUUGCUUUGAUGAACGAGGCUAUGGAAAGCAUCACUGAAAACAAACUAGCAUCUUGGAAAUAUCACCGGACCCACGUUUGGAUGGAUUACUGCAAUAACGCAAUUGUCUUACCUGCGCCCUUGAACCUGAUAAACCUCUUCGUUGACAUUUUCAUUUGCCUUUGUUGCAAUGAUUGCGUUGAUAAGUAUAUUCCCGAAGUGAUCAAAUUGGAUUCAUCGGCCAAAGACGACCACACCAAUCGGGCUCAGUAUCAGCACCUCAUUCGAACAUUAGUAUCCAAAUAUGCCAAUGAUUAUCUUGAUGCCGAGGAAGUUGAUGUCAGCAAAGAUUUGAUUGAGGAUCUACGGAUCGAAAUUCGACGGUAUUCAGAGGAGACCAACGCAAUGAAAAAAGAUCUUAAUGUUAUCGUGGAAAUGAUCCAAAACUUAGAUGCCAAACUGGAGUUGAACAAGACAAAAAAGAAAGGGCUUUUUGAAUGAAAUGGUGUAUAUGAUGGCCAUAUUGAAUUACAAUUCAAACUUCCAUUAAUGCGAUAACAAGGGUUGGGAAAAAUUGUUAGACAUGGAAAACUAUUUUCCAUUUUUAGACAAUUUCACGUCAAAACAGCAUUUAACAUAUUUCUGAUUCCUUUUUAAUUCAAACUAUUGGCUACUGGCCAGCAUAAGGAGCACAAAGUAAAGCACUCACGACUUAUUUAAGCCGACGCAUGAAGCGUGCGAUUAGUGGAGUGGAAAUGCUCACUCAUUCUUGUUAGGUAUUCUAAACAUCGGCAAUAACUUGCUCAAUGAAUAGACAAUACGAUUUGCUUACUGGUGUUGAAUAUAGGACAAAACAAGUUUGAACAUGAAAUUUGGCAAAACAACAAAAGCAAUCUUGAUGUCAUUCAUGGACAAACACAACUGUUCAGUUUCUUUGUCAUAGAAAAUCCGAUGGUACUCCCGUUUGCAUGGAAAAUGAGUUGGGGGUGUAUCUAUACGGGGAAAGAAUUAAAGUGGAGAGUAGUGAGGGAAAGAGUAGAGUGAUCUAUAGAGACGGCCAAAAUAUGGAUUAUCCAUUUUAUGGCAUAAAACAGGUUUACUCGUAUAUAUUGCAUAAUUCGUGUUUCCAUGCAUAUUCUUACGCGUAUUUUGGGCUUUUCACUUAAGUAAAUAUGUUUUUUCCCAUCAAUGGCCUCUAACAAACCCCGUCAAGGCACGCCCCUGUCCCGCCUCAUCCGCAAACAAGCCCAUCACAACAUGCCUCUAUUCAGCAUUUUCCUGGGUUAAGAUUCACUUUGACGGACCUCCACAU